AUGUCCGCGGAUGAGGAUUUCGUUUGCGCUUUGUGCCACGAGCUGAUCUAUGAGCCAGUGGUGCUUCCCUGCUCCCAUGCGUUCUGCCGCGCCUGCCUGGUCGACUGCCUUCACCGCGGUCCCAGUGCCCGGCGUUGCCCGCUUUGCCGAAAGUUGCUUCACGCGACGGCCAAGGAGGACCUCGUCCCCUGUGCUGCCUUCGGGUCGCUGCUUGCUGAGCGCUUCCCUGAGGAGUACGCGCGUCGCGGGGCUGCAGAGAAGGCUGUGGCAGAGCCUGAAUCAGAGGGCUCGCCCCCCGACAGCCAAGAGGAGCUUCCGCUGUUCGUGCUGGAAUCUAUCCUCCCCCUUCAGCGGCUACACCUGAAUGUCUUUGAGCCAAGAUAUCGUGCGCUUGUGCGCGUCGCGCUGCAAAGUGGUCGGCGCUUUGGUUUGGUCGGAUUCGAUGGUAACGGCAGUCACCUCAAGCACGGCGUCGAAGCCGUCAUAGAGGCUUGUGAGCAGACUGCCGAUGGCAGAUUCCAGCUGCAAAUUGUGGCAACUCGCGCCUUCAAGAUUAUGGAGGCCAGUCUCCACGAAAGCGGCUACCUCCUGGCCACUGUGCGCUUCCCGUGCCUGGAGAAGGCACCCGACUCGGAGGAGGUGCAGACAGCCGAAGCUCUUCUCCCAGAUCUUGAGGAGUGGCAGGGCUUCGUGCGCGCUGAGCGGCCACAUCACCUGGAUGGAAUUCUCCGGCAGCUCGGUCCGCGGCCGCCCUGCACGCAACCAGGAGCCAUGGCGCUUUGGGCAGCAGCCCUGCUGAACCCCCUGCCACCUCUCGGCGUGGCGCCGGAGCUCCGCGCGGACGUGCUGGCGGCGGAGACGGCGGCGGCGCGCCUGCAGGUGGUGAAGCGAGGGCUCAGCGCCUCGUUGGAACACCUCCGCUUGCUGGCGAACUCUCCGGCACGGCGGUGGGUUCUCAUGUUUUCGCGCUUGCCCGCGCCCGUUGCCCUGACGGCCGUUGUCGUGGUGGCCUGUAUUGUUUCGGCGGCGUUUCCCGGACAAGCGAGAGGCUGA